CGGGUGCCCACCCCCUUAAAGGGGCAGCUACUCCCUCUUGACCGUGUCUGUGGAGACGGCGAUCGUGAGAGGGGAUCGGGCGGCUCGGGGUGUCCCCGUGACCGGACCCGGUCCCGGUCCCUGUCCCUGCACCAGAGGCGGCCCCGCCGCCUGCGAAGGGAUGCGGGGAAGCCGCGUCGCUGACCACCCUUCGCCACCCGGCGCCGGAGAGCCGGUCCCAGGAUGUGCGGCGUCCGGAGCAUCCAGCUGAAAAUGUGUAUCUAAAAUGCAAGCUCAGCUUAGCAGAAAUCUUUGGCCUGCCUUGCCCUGUCGUCUAAAAUCGGAUCAUGAAGGUAUUGGAAAAAAAUUACUUCUGGAUGUUGCUCCCAUUGCUUCAUUUGAUAGCAAAUGCUGCGGAACAUGAAGGGGUAGCGAAACACGCCAUCAAGUUACACCGCGGCAAAGGGGCAGCCACCACGCAGAGGAAGCAGUGGCUCCUAGACAGCUGCAGAAAGCUCUCCGGGCUUCUUCGCCAGAAGACCGUGGUUCUCAACAAGCUGAAAAACGCAAUCAGAGCGGUGGAGAAAGACGCGGGCCUGUCUGACGAAGAGAAGCUGUUCCAGGUGCACACAUUUGAAAUCUUUCAAAAAGAGCUGAAUGAAAGUGAAAAUUCCGUCUUUCAGGCCAUCUAUGGGCUCCAAAGAGCCCUGCAGGGAGAUUACAAAGACGUGGUGAACAUGAAAGAGAGCAGCCGGCAGCGCCUGGAGGCCUUGAGAGAGGCUGCCAUAAAGGAAGAGACAGAAUAUGUGGAACUUCUGGCAGCAGAAAAACAUCAAGUUGAAGCCCUUAAAAAUAUGCAACAUCAAAACAAAAGUUUAUCCAUGCUUGAUGAAAUUCUUGAAGAUGUAAGAAAGGCAGCUGAUCGUUUAGAGGAGGAAAUAGAAGAACAUGCUUUUGAUGACAAUAAAUCAGUCAAAGGGGUCAAUUUUGAGGCAGUGCUGAGGGUGGAGGAAGAAGAGGCCAACUCCAAGCAAAAUCGCACAAAACAGGAAGUGGAGGAUGACUUAGGUCUUAGCAUGCUGAUUGACUCCCAGAACAACCAGUAUAUUUUGACCAAGCCCAGAGAUUCAACAAUCCCACGUGCCGAUCACCACUUCAUAAAGGACAUUGUUACCAUAGGAAUGUUGUCUUUACCCUGUGGCUGGCUAUGCACAACAAUAGGAUUGCCUACAAUGUUUGGCUAUAUUAUUUGUGGUGUUCUUCUGGGACCUUCAGGACUAAAUAGUAUUAAGUCUAUUGUGCAAGUGGAGACAUUAGGAGAAUUUGGUGUGUUUUUCACUCUUUUUCUUGUUGGCUUAGAAUUUUCCCCAGAAAAGCUGAGAAAGGUAUGGAAGAUAUCCUUACAAGGACCAUGUUAUAUGACACUAUUAAUGAUUGCAUUUGGCUUACUAUGGGGACACCUUUUACAGAUCAGACCCACUCAGAGCGUUUUCAUUUCUACUUGUUUGUCUUUAUCAAGCACACCCUUAGUAUCCAGAUUCCUCGUGGGCAGUGCCCGGGGUGAAAAAGAAGCAGGUGACCUUGACUAUAGUGCUGUGUUGCUUGGAAUGCUGGUGAUGCAGGAUGUACAGCUGGGGUUAUUCAUAGCUGUCAUGCCAACUCUUAUCCAAGCAGGAGCCAGUACAUACUCUAGCAUUGUCAUGGAAAUACUACGAAUACUGCUUUUGAUUGGUCAGAUUCUUUUUUCGCUGGCUGCUGUUUUUCUGUUAUGUCUUGUUAUAAAGACUUACCUUAUAGGACCAUAUUAUCGAAAGCUACAUAUGGAAAGCAAAGGGAACAAAGAAAUCCUUAUCUUAGGAAUCUCGGCUUUCAUCUUUUUAAUGUUAACGGUCACAGAGCUGCUGGAUGUCUCCAUGGAGCUGGGCUGCUUUCUGGCCGGAGCGCUCAUCUCUUCCCAAGGCCACAUGGUCACCGAGGAGAUUGUGUCUUACAUCGAGCCGAUUCGCGACUUCCUGGCUAUCAUUUUCUUUGCAUCCAUAGGCCUCCACGUGUUUCCCACUUUCGUGGUGUACGAGCUCACCAUCCUGAUGGUCCUCACGUUGGCAGUGGUGAUCAUGAAGUUUGUUCUGGCAGCUCUGGUCUUGUCUCUCCUCUUGCCGAAAACCAGCCAGUACAUCAAGUGGAUCGUGGCCGCGGGGCUGGCCCAAGUCAGCGAGUUCUCCUUUGUCCUGGGGAGCAGAGCGCGCAGAGCCGGCAUCAUUUCUCGGGAGGUGUACCUCCUGAUCCUGAGCGUGACCACGCUCAGCCUCUUGCUGGCCCCGGUGCUGUGGAGAGCUGCAAUCACAAAGUGCGCGCCACGACCAGACCGGCGUUCAAGUCUCUGAGGGCAUCAAGACGAUCAGCAGCUUUGCAAAGCGAAGCCUGUGUGCAGGGAAGCCUGAUACUUAGACAGUUCUGUGACUGCACUUUGGGGAGCAAAAUAUGCUACUAAGGAGUGGGGUGUCUUAUUUGCCCAGCUUUCCAAUCUAUUGCUGCCAUAUUUUAGAAUCUUCCAGAGUAAUUUAUUGCGUUCAAUUGAUCAUGCACAAUAUAAACAUUACGCUGCAUUUUAUAAGUCGCCUUGACUAUUUUGCCUGGAUGUGCCUUUUUUUCGGAAAUUAAUGUUAACUUUCUAUUGUUAUUUUAUCAGUUCAUAAUACCUUGGUAAAAAAAAAAAUUAGAAAGCUUUUUUAUUUAUUGUACAACUUCGGUGUUGUAAUCUGUUGGUCAGUAUUUGUUAUUAAAACAUUUCUGUGAUGUGACGUUUUAAUUCUGGCAAUGUGUUUGAAAAGUUGCUUUUAAUCCUUAAAGCCUAUGUUUUCUAAAAUGAAAUGUGUUUGUUUUUUUAUUAUAACAAUUUUAAAUAAAACACUUUCAUGUCAGUUUUUA